CUCUCGCUUUCUCUCUGUCUCUCCCAGAAUCGCAUUCAUUCAUAUCCUCCCCCUUUUGCGCCUGUACAAGUUUUUCUUUCGUCCACAAGAUGAUAGCCGGUAUGGAAUGUACAUAUUUCUCGACGUGUCGGUUUUGCUGAUCGGAUGUUUUAGAAGUGCAGGCUGGUGAGAAGUAAGAAACAUUUAGGCCAGCACUGCCUGCGAAGUUGAGUGAAAGUAGUGCAAACGUGAUGGUUAUGAUAUUAUUCUAACCGCAAUUAACGCCAACAGCCGGGAGAUUGUUGCUUUUCCGCUUUGCAAACUCAGCUGUCUCCGGUAAUCUACAGAGUGCUACUUCCUGAAUAUAAUCGUCAGUGCGAUAAAAAGCUACAUUUACAUAAGCCAGCGAUAUUGGGAUUAAUACUCAAAAGCGUAUUGGAAUCCCGCGUGCAGCCAUCUCCCACAAUGACAAUAGCACGCAUUUUGCGGAGUCAAUAGCAUUUGCAUAACGCCGCAUCAUUAUUCAUCCAGAUUUCACAGUUUAGAAAGACGAGCUGUGGGCCGGGGUUAUUUGAUCGUGUGGGAAUUUGUGAGUGGUCUUCUCCUCGAUCGCGAUCAGAGCCAUGGAUUACAAACGGAUUGAAUCUGAGUUGCGCUGUCCAGCCUGUGCCGAUCUAUUCAAAUAUCCCGUUAUGCUGCCAUGUGGUCAUAAUAUUUGCGCCGGAUGUAGUGAAAAGUGUUUGUCCAGCGCCAGCGCCGUGACGACCAGCAGCAGUCAUUCCGGCACUUCUUCCAGUUCCGUUUCGCCGCCUGGACGCCGGCUCGCACAGGAACUAACGGCCCUCCAGGAGACCCGAUUAUCCCAUGCACAGCUGCCGCCCAUGAUUAUUCUGCACGAGACCGAUAAGGACAACGGCGGCAACUUGCCAGUGAUUAUGGAAGAUCAGAUUAGUCUGGCCAGUGAUGCGGACAGCGGAGUGGUCUGUGGGAGUUCCGGGAAUAAACGGGAUAGCUUCGUCAUUACCGGAUCAGAACACGGUUUAUAUACGCUCACGUGUCCAAGCACUACAUGCCACAAGGUUUUUCUCACGGAUGAACUGCCUGGGAAAAGUUUACCGCCGAACCGUCUCCUUAUGAAAAUCUUGUCCAAAUAUACCAGUGCCCUUCUCUCCGGUCCCAUUUACGGGAGCACCUCCAAGACGGGAACCGGUAGCGCACCCGGCGCCGCCGGACAUACCACCACUUGUCAGUUAUGUGAAACGGAGCCGCUGUGCCCAGCAUCCUUGUAUUGCCAGCAGUGUAAAAUAUUUUACUGCCAAAACUGUCGUGACAGUUUUCAUCCGCCAAGAGGCCCAUUAGCCAGCCAUGAAUUCAUCAACUGCAGCGACAGCAAUAGCAACCAUAAUACAAGUAUGCCGCCGGCCAUUCUUCACCAGCAGCAGCAGCAACAACUUCACAACAUCUACGUAUCCGCUGCACUUGAACAACAAAAAUGCCCACUUCACAAUCACGAAUACACCAUGUUCUGUACGCCAUGCCGACUGCCCCUCUGCUGGAGGUGUCUGGAGAGUGAGACCUUUCACCAGGAAGAGCACGAUGUGCAGAGCCUCCAAGGACUGUCCAAAGCCCGCAAGGCGGAUUUCUCACGUGCUCUUCAGUCACUUUCCGAAAAGUCCAAACGCAUGACGGAAUGGAUAUCCCGAGUUAAAGGAGCAUCCAGUCGAAUUCCAGAAACCGCUUUGGAUAUCGAGAGCAGUAUUAGCGCGCAAUGUGAUCUGCUUGUCCAAAUCAUUGAGGACCAAAAAACUCAGUUGUUGCACUCACUGCAACUAUUUAAAGAACAGAAGCUCAGAGAAUCGCGUGAGAUAGCGUCAGACUGCACCAUUGCGCUGCAGCAGGCCACCGCUCAAAUUCAAUUUGGGAUCGAGGUUCUGAAAGAAACCGAAGCGGUCAACUUCCUUCAAUUUUCUGCAUCAUUAUAUCAAAGAGUGGCCGAGACCGGGGAUGUGUUGGAUAAAAUACUGGACCAAAAUAACUGGACACCGGAGCUCAGUGUCCGGCUGGACAGCCGGUCGGUGGCCAAUGCCUUGCGAAGUUUGCAUUUAAACCAGGUUUCCCUGCCCUCCGUACCGCGUCUCGACGUAGAACGCUGCCGCAUUGUCAACGGCCAGAUUAGCCUCGCCUGGGAAUCCGAAGAUCCCUUUAACACCGACUUCUACAUUGUAGAAGUAGCCGAAAGUGGAGACGCCUUUACGAGAGCGUAUUAUGGAUCGGAAACAACCUGUUGCUUGACCUUUACAUCUUCUACCAUGAUCUAUCAGGCGCGCCUCAAGGCUGUUAAUGCAGCCGGUGAAAGUCUUUACAGUAGCCCUAUCACUCUCCAUAUCGAAGGAGGGUAUUUUACCUGGGAGCAAAUGCCGAUAAGUCGUGAUAUCGUGUUGACCAAUGCCGAUCUAACACUGACAUCCACAGCUUCCGAAGACAUUGUUGUCUUAGCCAGUGCUGGAUUCGUCCGCGGUAUUCAUUAUUGGGAAAUCCAUGUGGAUCGCUACGAUAAUCAUCCCGAUCCGGCAUUUGGGGUGGCUACAGCCGGUGUGCGCAGAGACACUAUGCUAGGUAAAGAUAGCCAUGGCUGGUCGGUAUAUAUUGACGCCGCGCGCUCCUGGUGCUUCCACAACAACCAGCACAUCAACCGCAUGGAAGGCGGCAUUGUUGCCGGCUGCACGGUGGGUGUGCUGCUGGACUUGGACCAACAACCUGGCUGCCUUAGCUUCUUUGUUAAUGAUGAGCCACAAGCUCCCAUUCCGGCAUUUCAAAAUCUUCCUGACGGUUGUGUCUUCUAUCCCGCGGUGUCUAUUAACCGCAAUGUCCAGUUGACUCUGCGGUCUUGUUUAGACGCGCCCGCAUCACACUAUAGUCCAUCUCCUGAGUAACUGCGUUAUUAAGUAUAUACUGCACUUUGCUGUCUGGAAGUCAGCUUUUAUCUGACAUGUAAAAAAUUGUUUUUGUUUGACCUUUGACUUAUCUUGCUAUCACAUAUGUUUCGCUUGCAUAGAAGUACGAUAUUUUAUACACAUAAG